AUGGGGAAUUUAGUUACUAGAAUUUUGAACUGGCGGACUACGGAAGAAAAACUAGAAUUCAAGAAAUUGAUGGAUGGCAUGUUCAGAGACGACAAAAACCCGAUUUGGGAAGUUGUGCCAACACCCGAUGAGUUGGAGGCUCUUAAUUUGCCUCCUGUUGCACAUGAUAUACCAGACGUCAAAUAUGGAGUUGAUGGUGUACAUGGUACUGAUUUGGUGGACACUGAUUACGAUGAUUUUAGUACCACAACACCGCAUCUGUCCAGUGGCAAACAGCAACAAAGGAAUGCCAAUUCUGAUUCCCCGCGAUGCAAGAAACGGACACAGAUUCCCGUUUCUGUUUCUCCUUCUAGGAAACAACCAUCAUGGAAGGAAUAUCAGAUAAAAGGGACAAGGAAACCAGAUACACCUACAGGACCCGAAACAAAUGAGUUUAAACUGAUAAGGGAAGAGAUUCAGAUUUUCAAGAAAGAAGUGUUUGAGUACAUGGAUAACAACUUCAAAAAGUUGUUAGAUGCAUUAAAGGGCAAUCAAACACCAGAUAAGGUCGCUGUUAGUAAAGCCCCGUCACAUCAACAUGAUGUUGGCAUACAACACUCACAUGAGAAAAGCCAACGUCAUCGUUUUGAUAAAGGGACUCGAACUGUCAACGACGUAGUCGAUGACAAUAUGGUCGGAGACACAAUGUUGCAAGAUGACUUACAUACUGAUGGUGGGAUUUCUCGAGGCAAUCAAAGUGGCGGUAAAGAAAGGUUUCAACCGAAGAGAAUCAAGGUGGUGGUGCAACUUCCGCAGAGGAGUCAUCCAAAGGUGGUUGAGGCAGUUGGGUUGCCAAUUAAUGAUCCACUGUUGUUGAUGUGGAUAAAGAAACGGGAGUUAAAACAAUCUGGUGAUAUGGAGAAUGCUAAUGCUGAAUUUACUGCAUCAGAGGAAAUGAUAGCGGAAUUGCUAGUCAACUGUCCUUUAGCAUCUGUUAUUCCUCUCAGUGCUCCUCCAGUACCACGCGAUGAUCAAGCUGAUUUGUCAAGUUUAAGGACCCCUUAG